AUGAUUCCCAUGAAUUUGUUAACAGGAUGGAGUGUUGCAGAAGCUAACGUCCAGUCGACCGUUUGUCUGUUCUGUUCUGCUCUGUAGACUUUACUUUCUUAUUAAUUCCUACCAUUUUUUCUCUUCCACAUUGAAAUUAUUUCUGUCAAAUUAUGCCUGCACUGUUUGCUGUUUGUUCUGAUCUUAUAGCAGAUUUUCUACUCUGUAACUAGCCCAUCAAUCGAUUUUCUCUGGGGAAGAAUCAGUGAAUUGUAGCAUAACUUUCCCAACGACAGUAAGCCCUUAUGGAAUCUGUAUCGUGUGCAUUCCAGGCUUGCAGACUUCUGAGGAUAAUGACCUUGCUCAUUCUUCUACUAGGUUUAUUGAACUUCGAAGAUGCCCAGGGAAGAACAUCUCAGGAAAUGGUGAGGAAUGAUGGGAGUAAGGGUGGGGCAAUUGGGGCAUCAAUAUUGUCAGGCUCCAGACCACCAAAUUGUAGAGACAAAUGCAAGGGGUGCAGGCCCUGUGUGCCAGUUCUCUUUAUUGUUAAUCACCGGUACCACCAGAAACCAACUUUUAAUUCAGUUAAAGGGAGUGAAGCAGACUAUUAUCCUGAGAUAUGGAAAUGCAAAUGUGGCAAAAACAUCUUUGAGCCAUGAAAAGAAAAGGUUCAUACUACAUAGCUCUCUGUUCAGUCAUGUAUUGUGUAUAUGUGUAUAGGGAUUCUAUUCUUGUAAUUGUGAUUCUUUUGCUAUUGUUGUAAGUUAAAAGAUGUGAAGAGAGACUGUAGAUAAAGCUAUACAAGAGGUAGGAAGCAAUUUCUAGGUUUUAAACUUUUAUCUAUACCAGAAGCCAAUCUAUGUAGAUAUAAGUUCUUGAUUGGUCUGUGUAAUGUCAGAACUCACCAAAAGUGCUUCACUUGUAAUUGCCUUGAUGAUAAUUUAAAUAGAAGCCUUGACAUGGAUAUUUCACAUGUAGUUUGUGUUGUCAGUA